AUGUCGAGGAACUUCUCUGACACAGGCAGCAGAAAAGAACAUGUUAAAAUCACAAGUGAGCCCAAACCAGGAUUUCUGGAGAGGCUAAGUGAGACUUCUGGAGGCAUGCUGAUGGGACUUGUGACAUUCCUUCUGGCUUUCUACCUUCUUUUUACCAAUGAAGGACGAGCUUUAAGGACAGCCAAAUCACUCGAUGAGGGACUUUCUCUUGUGAUCUCUCUUGAUAGCAUCCACAGCAUCUCUCAGCAGAACGAAGGGAGACUAGUGCACUUAGCUGGUGCUCUGAGUACAUCUAAGCCUUUGUUUGACCCCAGCUAUGGGCUUUCCAUCCAGGCUGUCAAACUGAAGCGUAACGUGGAAAUGUACCAGUGGGUAGAAUAUGAAGAAUCCAAAGAAUAUGAAGAGAAUGGUGAGAUUAAGAAAGAGACAAAGUAUUCGUACAAUACAGAGUGGAAAUCGGAAGUCGUGAACAGCAGAAACUUUGAUCGAGAAAUUGGACACAAAAACCCAAGUGCCAUGGCUGUGGAGUCUUUCACUGCUGUGUCUCCUAACGUCCAGGUUGGCAGCUUUGUUCUUUCCAAAGGUCUCGUGGAUAAAAUCGAUGACUUCAAGCAGUUGAGUUUGUCACACCUCGAGGAUCCACAUGCUGAUGUUACCCGAGGAGGAGAUUACUUCUAUCACAGUGAGAACCCCAGGCGACCAGAAGUAGGAGACCUUCGUGUCUCAUUCUUCUAUGCAGGUCUGAGUGGGGAUGACCCCCAUUUGGGCUCUGCUGAUAAGGUGACUGUGAUCGCUCGCCAGCGAGGUGAUCAGCUGGUCCCAUAUCAUACCAAGUCUGGAGAUGUCCUACAGAUUCUAUAUCCUGGGGAUCUCCCUGUGGAGGAAGUGUUUCAGAAGGAGCACCAGAGUAACACCAUGAAGACCUGGGGCCUCCGCGCAGCAGGUUGGCUCUCCAUGUUUGUAGGCAUCAGCCUCAUGACCCGAAUCUUUUACACCUUAGUGGACUGGUUUCCCAUCGUGAGAGAUAUGGUUAACAUUGGAUUAAAAGCAUUUGCCUUCUGCAUGGCCACUUCGCUGUCACUCCUGACCAUCUCCGUGGGUUGGCUCUUCUACCGCCCCCUCUGGGCCCUGCUCAUCGCGUCGCUCUCCAUACUUCCCAUCGUGGUUGCAAAGUCGCGUGUUCCGCCCAAGAAGCAGCAGUGA